AUGAACAACAACAACAAUAACUUGCGAGAUCCGAACAACAAUCAGGAAGAAAAUGAUGAUGAUGAAAUCCACAACCACAACAACAACAACAAUGAGGAACCCGUGGCAGCCGCCAUUGCUCACCAAGUGCUGAACGCUGCUGGCGUCAAUGCGUUGCAACCAUUGGGACCCUCCGAUCAAAGCCGCAUGACGCUAUCUACACAAGAACGCGAAUGGGCCAUGGCCAUCAAACAAGCCAUUGAGAGCAAUCCGGAAGUCGACAACGAAUCCGACUUUUUCUACGCCGCAAUGGCUCUGGUGGAACAGGGCAAUGUGGAAGCGGCUGUGCGGCGCACUCACAAUCUGCAAGAGAUUCGUCAAGAAUACGACAUUGUCGAUAGCUUUGAACGAGGACGACGGGCACUCCAUCAGUCCUUUCAGCUAUAUCCAGAGCACUUUUUGUCCUUUAGCUACAGCUAUCAAUAUGGAAGCUACGUGCUCGUGGUGGAUUUUGCCAAACAACCCACGGUGCAACUGUUCCACUCACACAUUGAAGGCAUGAAACCUAAACUGCGUGAAAUUUAUUACAUGAAUCAAAUUGUUUCUCCCGACUUUGAAUCCAUUCGCAAAGGAGCCAUUCUCGUGGCCGAAUGCGGGCGAGUCGAUCUCGUGACGGGAACCAAGAACAUGACACUCUUUCGACACAUUUGGCACAUUAUUCUGGCAUUUCCAUCCAAAAUGCAAAAGGUCAAACAUUUUCACACGGGGCUGUUUUCCAAUCUCCUCGUGUCGGCUACCAAGAAAUUCCUACCUGAAGAAAUGUGUUCCUCCUUGGAAGUCGGAUGCAUCUGUGAAGCAGGGUCGCUCGACCGGCUGUACCUGCAACCCAACUUGGAAGCUGCCAAUCAACGUGUGCUCUGUCGUCUCGAAGAAACGCUCUUGAGGAGGUACGAGAAUGAAGCAAAGUUUAAGCUGUAG